UGUCAAAUAUGUUGUUCUGCAAGUCAGAGCAAUUAUUAAUAACAACAACACAAACACUAAUAAUAACACAAUUAAUGAAACACCCCCAGUCCCUCGACCCAUACAACCCCCCCUCCCCCCCUUUUUGACCUCCUGACGGGAAAGGAGGGGGUGUCACUCUUGCAUGAUGGGGCAUGCAGGGCGAGAGAUUUUCCUCAUAUCGGUCUAUAUAAUGGGGCGUCCAAGAUAUUAUUGCUUAUUGUGUGUCUACAUGUAUUGCUGCUGCCGUGCUGAAUAAACAUCAAGCCAUCUUGAGCUGAAAGAUAUUCUGUCUCCAAAGACUUGAUCUAAAUCCUUCUGAACAAAACUCCUACACGUUCGAUCUACUGAGAAACCAGAUACACCAAUAACUACCACAGCCAGCCUGACUGAGUGACCAUCACAAGGCCCUCUGGAGAAAUAAACAUGAGUGUCUGCAGUGACAAGGUUGCUGGUAUUCUCAUGCUUUGCUUCUUUGGCCUGUGUUCAGCCAGUAAAGUGGGUCUGGGUGGCAAGGUCCUGGUCUUCCCUUCCGAGACAGACUUCAGCUUUGUGACCCUGAUCACCCAGAAGAAGAUGGAGCUGCGCUCGUUCACGCUGUGCAUGCGCGUUGCCACGGAGCUGCAGGGCGAGCGCAAGAUCAUCCUCUUCGCCUACCGCACCUCAGCCUACGACGAGCUCAACGUGUGGCGGAUAUCCUUUUGCAUGAGCGAGGGCGGCGUCCUCUUCCACCUGCCACCCCUCUCCACCUUCCGCACCAGCCUCUGCGUCACCUGGGAGUCCAGCUCUGGGCUGUCGGCCUUCUGGGUGGACGGCCGGCGCAGCACCUACCAGGUGUACAAGCCCGGCCACACAGUGAGGCCCAAGGGCACCGUCCUCCUUGGGCAGGACCCAGACAAGCACCUGGGGAACUUCGAAGCUGCGCAGAGCUUCGUGGGGGAGGUGAUCGAUGUCAACAUGUGGGACUACGUGCGCCACAGGAGCCAGGUCCAAGCCUGGCACCACGGCCACCUUGUCCCCAAGGGCAACAUCUUUGACUGGGCCACCAUAGAGUACCAGCUGAAUGAGAAAGUGAUGGUGGUGGAUGAUGUCUGACCUGGGGGCAGGGGUGGGGGGGGAGAAAGGUGUAGUGUUUGAUUCCGCUAUGUCCUUGGGGCAUUACUCUAAACAAGUAGUUAGAAACUGUUUUUUCCAACUGAGGAAUAUUUCCUAAUUAAGAAAAGUAGUGUCCAAGGGUGAACUGGAGAUGAUUAUUCAUGC